AUGUUUUCGACGUUAAAAACCGUUUCAUUUAGAAGAGGUAUUCAUACAGUGCCAAAAUUGCCAAAUUCUAAUAUUUUAAAGCAGCGAGGCAUACCUAAUAUUUUCAGUGCUGCAGGGUUUAAUAUAGCUUGGAAUGAGCAACAGAAAUAUCUUUGUGAUAAAUUGACUUUGCUUACAAGUGGGUCAGAUUUAGAAUCUUUUUUACCUUUCCAUAUUAUUUUGAAUACAGCAAAGAGACCUUUCCAAGCUAAUAUUUUUAACGUAGCAUCUGCUGCACAUAACAAUCAUUUAUUUAUCGAGAACAUUUUACCAGACCAAGAUGUUGAUACUAAACCAUCGAGAUUAUUUCUAUCUACUGUUGAGAAAUCGUUUGACUGUUCUUGGGAAGAUUUGAAAAAGGAAAUGAUAUAUCGUGCAGAAAAUGAUAUCUUUGGUGAAGGGUGGUUAUUUUUGGUAGAAAAUAGGAACAAAGAAUACCAUAUUUUAACCGUGCAAAAUAACGGUACUCCAUAUUACUUUCCAAGAAAUCAAUCCUUCGAUUUGAACAGUGCUACUUCAUUACAAGAAUAUUCACAAUUGCAUGAAAUAAAAAGACUUGUUACUGAACAAGAUGGCAAGAAUGGUAAGGAAAAAGUUGAAGAUUGGACCAUGCCACUGAUCUGUGUAAACUUAUGGGAUCAAGCUUAUUUACAUGAUUAUGGUGUCAAAGGUAGAUCAGAAUAUGUCAAAAACGUCUUAGACAACUUAAAUUGGUCUGUAGUCAACCAAAGAAUAUACACCAAUCCAAAUGCUUAA